AUGUUCCACUCUGAGGCCUCCCUCAUAUACGCAGAUCAGUUGCGGAACCACGGACAUGGCGAGCCGCUGUGGCAACCUGAACCCUCUCAAUACGGUGAGAUCCUCAUCGGGGACGUCGGAUUCAUCGAAGAUGGGUGCUUUUACCGGCUCUUCAAUUGUACUCUCGCCGCAGAAGACCCAGUACAUGCAGAUUUUGGAGUCCCGCAUGGCUAUGUCCCACUCGAGUACAACAAGCGAGCUCUUUUGCAGACCAAGGAAAACUACUUGCCUCCAAAGCCGAUCUACAGCAAGUCGAUCUCCCAGUUCAAAGGUGAAGCAGGGGCAACAGCUAAGGGCGUUUCUAUAUCAUACAAGUUUGAGUGCAAAAAACGAGAAGGUGCAAUCUUAGUGCCCGGCUCCGACGUCACCUUGUCGCACGUACAAGCAAAUCCGCGCACCCGCGAGUACGUCAGGCUUCACCAUUCGUCGUGGCACAGGUUUGCGAUAGACCAAGGCCGCGAGAUCUCCCCAGAGGACAUCGUCUUGGUAAUCGGCUGGCUUAAGACCUCAGAGUGGGCCGUCGCGGCCGUCGCAAACCGCGGCAAGUCGCAUUCAAUCUCAUUUGGUACAGAGGGGAGCAUCGCAUCUGCAGAGUUUGGGAUCGAGCGCUCAGAGGAGGCGGUGGCGUCAGUCAGCCAGCGAAGUGGACCGAAGCGACAGAAUCUGGAUACUCCAGCAGGCCAUAGGCGGAACCAGUGUCUGUUUGUCAGGUAUUGUAAAGCCAAGUACCGUCGCUUUCUCCCAAUGAAGAUCGUAGCGGGGGCGGAGCCCAGGGACAUGGGUGAUUCUGAGGAUCUGGAAGAUGUGUGUUCAUCCGGUGAUCAGUCUACACAAGCGAACUCUAAGUGGUCGAUACUGACAUUUUCAUAUUAG